AUGGAAAUCCCGUAUGCAUCGGACGUUAUUCGCAGUGUAGUAGCGCCGCUGCUGUUUGAUACGCUUGCUGCUCACUCGGUCGUACCCUAUACAAUUCGUCUCCGCAAUCGUAAUGUCGCAGACUCGGUGAACGUCAUAGUCGCCGUCUAA